GAGCUGCCAAGCACGACAUCUCGUUGACCACUGUGCCGGAUCUCAUCAAGGAAGGGCGCGCGUGCUUGGCGACGAACAUGGCCACCUUCACCUACUUCAUGGUCUACGCCUUCCUGCUCACCACGGUCCGGACCUUCUUCAUUGUCUUGCACAACCUGAGCUUGGGUGAGUGGGUGUGGAUUACAAACGACAUUGGUGUGGGUGUCAUCAUGAUGUUCUUCAUGACCCAAUCCCAAGCGCUGCCGCACCUGGCGAAGUUCCGACCCACCGCCACCCUGCUGGGCUUCAGAACCGUGUCAGGCGUUUUGGUGCCUUACGGCCUGGGCUGCGCCAUCCUGGGCGUGGGUUUGGCGGUGCUCCACAUGACGGAAUGGUACGACCCCUUGAACCCCAGCUGGAUCAGCGUGCUGCCCCAGCUGUGGAUGAACAAGGGCGACAACUACGAUAGUGCCAUUGGGGUGCUGAUCCUCUUCAUCGUACUUUCCACCACCGCGUACGUGAACACUUACGGAGGCGACUUCCGCCGCAGCAUCUUCCGGAACUAUGGCAUCAACAUCAUGUACGCAUUGCUUCCUGACCUGCCUUGGACAGAUGGAGAGAUUCGGGUCUGA